AUGAAGGUUGAUAACGUGCAUAAGAGCUAUGUGAACUAUACCCUUACCUUCCAACAUCUUCACAUCCCUUUGCUAGCUUUAGCACAGUUGUAUGUGUCAUACUGGAGGACUUUCAUUCAAACGACAGUGAACUACAAAUUAGGAAUGCCGAAGACAUUUGUCUAUGGAGUAUUCCAUGGUGUUGUAGCUCUCAUCUUCUUGAUAUUUGCCUUAAUCACUGGUCAAACUUUCAGGAUAACCCUCAGAUCUAUUCCAUUUAUUAUUAUAUGAGGAAUAGUUCACGUUUCAGUAGCAGCACACUUUUUCUCAAGGGCUCAAACUGAAAAUGGAGUUUUUAUUGCAGCUGCUUACCAACCUUUUGCUCCAGCAUUUACAAGCUUUAUUGCAUUCUUUAUGAAAUUCGAGACUCCAACGAAGCUUAAGGUAACUGGACUAACACUUUGUAUAAUCGCAGUUAUUGGAAGGCUCAUCUAUGAUUUCAAUAGUGACGUAUAUUACAAAACAGACCAGUUUCGAGGAAAAUUCUUUAUUUUGAGCAAUAUCAUCUUCUAUGCAAUCGGUGUACUUGUACAGAAAUAAGAUUAUUUAUGCUAAUCCAAGAGCUUCCUUAUUUGCAGUCUGAUUUUACAUCUACUUGGCAGCUUUUACAACAAAUAUGAUUCUUUACCAUCUAAAAUAUUGGCAUUACACCAGCAGAGGAGUUGAUACUUCUGCAAUAACCAAGGAGAGAUUUGCAGGGUAUAUUCGCUUUGAAGACUUCAUCACCCUACUUAACAUUCUUACAAUUUAUUCUGCUUUCAUCAUUACAGAGGCAUAUAGAUACGUUGCUCUGCUCUAUAUUAACAAAAUGGGAUACAUUAGUAAAGUUACGAUAUAUUCAGCUUUGCACGGAUUUAUGGUUAUUAUCCUUUACAUGAUCUUCUUCGAAGUUAGUACGUUCGACUAUGUAUUCGCAGUUGUAGUAACAUUUGCGUACCUUUGUGUUUACUGCUCAAAGUUCUUUCACACAAGGGCAGCUAAACAUAGCAAUAAAGGGAAAACCUUGAAAUUUAAGAGAAUACUUUUGCAUAAUGACGAAGUGACGCUUCAUCAAUCUAUCUCUGAACUUACAGUAUCAAAAUAUUAUUUCUCCGAGAAUGGCGACCAAGAAUCCGAUGAAAAUUCUGUUUCUCAUAGUGCUAUGUCUGGCUUUGGAGAGAAAGAAAACCGGCUCAAAAUGAGUGAUAGAAGUCAUACCUCUAAUAAUAGUCUCCAGAAAAGAAGGAACAUGAACAAUUACAAAGCAGGCGGAGAUGACAACCUCGUUUUAUCCAUUAAUGAAAUACAUGGCCAAGAUUUAUCAAGGACUCAGAAGUCUAUGCAAAAAGACAAUGAAAAGUCAAAGUCCGUCUUCAAUGAAUCCUCAAUCAACAGUUAAGCACAUGAUAGUUUGUACUGGAACCUUCUUUAUUUUAAUCAAUGAAUGCC